AUGUCGCACCCCACGCCAAGUCCAGAACGGUGCCCUCCUACGAAGAAGCAACGCGUAGAUACCGAGGAGCGUGCGAAUGAAAAGAGGGACCGCAAACGUAUUCAGCAUCUGCGCAAGGCGUACGCCAAGCAGGUGGCUAAGCACGGCGAUCCUCCUAUUCUUUUUGACAUUUUGGAGAUGAUCGGACGCGACCGCGUCGAGGAUAUUGUUGCCAAGGGCCAGGAAUAUGAGCGAGUCUCGCCAUUCAACGAAGAAGUCACGGUGACUAUUGAACGCUUGAGUGCGCAUGGCGACGGUCUUGCAUUGUCGCCGCGUGGCGAUCGUUUGUUGGUCGUGCCUUUUGCCUUGCCUGGUGAGCAGGUGCGUGUGUUCCCGUAUGCGGCCGAGCGUUUGUACUUCAAGGCACGCGUGGUAGAAAUGGUACAGCCCAACCCUGCCUGGCGCGACGACUCGCUGGUCCAGUGUCGUUAUUUUGGACAAUGCGGUGGGUGUCAGUAUCAAAUGAUUCCCUAUUCGAAGCAGCUUGAGCAGAAGAAAACCGUCGUGGAAAAUGCAUUUAAACACUAUGCGCAUCUGGAUGCAUCGCUGGUACCGGCUGUAUUGGAUACCAUGGCGUCCCCCCAGACCAUGUCGUAUCGUACGAAACUUACCCCGCACUUUGACUUACCGUCGAUCUUGCGCAAGAAAGGAUCGUCCUCGUCUGUUCCUGAUAGUGCGCUUUCGGUGCCUAUUGGCUUUGAUGGUGCUACAUUGGGUCGUGUCAUGGACAUUGAAGAGUGUCCCAUCGGCACGCCGAUUCUGAACGAAGCUAUGAAGGCGCAGCGUGCGCGUGUUCGUGAGACGAUUCGCUCGUACAAGAACGGUGCGACGCUGCUUCUGCGUGACUCGCUACCAAGUGCAGAUGCCUCUAUGGACGAAUCCAUGGCGGUCACCGACCAUAAGGCAACAGUGUACGAGCGUGUUGGCCCCAUUACCUUUUCUACGCCGGCCGGCGCCUUCUUCCAGAACAACCGCUCGAUUAUUCCAUUGGUGGUCGAUUAUGUCAAGCACCAACUCCCUGCCUCGGAGGGUCCGCAAUAUUUGGUGGAUACCUACUGUGGCUCUGGUCUAUUUGCCUUGACGCUCGCCUCGCUUUUUGACGAAGUGGCGGGUGUAGAGAUCAGUGCGGAUUCCAUUGCGUGUGCAGAGAAAAAUGCAGCGCUCAAUCACAUUACCAAUGCCAAGUUCCUGGCCGGCCAGGCGGAAAACAUUUUCGGGCGUAUUGAGUACCCUUCGGAGAAGACCACCGUGGUGAUCGACCCACCGCGCCGUGGCUGUGACCAGGCCUUUCUGGAUCAACUUGUGGCACUACAACCGAAGCAUAUCAUUUAUGUGUCAUGCAAUGUUCAUACCCAGGCCCGCGAUGUGGGCCAACUACUGCGUGCAUGCCCCUCGUACCAGAUUCGCAGCAUUCGGGGCUUUGACUUUUUCCCUCAGACACAGUAUGUAUCCGACGUGGGGAGUAACCUCAGUCAUGUGGAAGGUGUUUGUGUAUUGGAACAUGCGUCUUCAUAG